AUGGUGCUAAAGUUGGACAUCUCAAAAGCCUAUGACAUAAUUGAGUGGGGGUUUUUAGAGGCUGUGAUGAGAAAGCUUGGCUUUGGGGAGCAGUGGAUCUUCUUGGUUAUGUUGUGUGUUACUUCAGUAACAUACUUUGUCCUUGUGAAUGGACAGCCUGGAAAAGUUAUAAAUCCUUCAAGAGGAAUACGACAAGGAGACCCCAUUUUUCCAUACUUGUUAAUGCUGUGUGCUGAGGGACUUAGUUCCCUACUUGAAUCAAUUGAAAGAAGAGGGCAAAAAUCUCUGAAUGGCUAUGAGAAGUAUCUUGGUCUGCCAUCUAUAGUUGGGAGCUCCAGGUAUAACACUUUCAAAAACCUGAAGGAGAGAUUAUGGCUCAAAGUUAACAGUUGGGAAAAUAAUUUCCUUUCACAAGCUGGGAAGGAAAUUCUACUAAAGGCAGUCAUGCAGGCGAUACCUACAUACUCAAUGAGUGCCUUCAGGCUACUGGAAGGUUAUGCAAAGAAAAAUCAGCUGUUCUGGCAAGAUUUUAGUGGGGGCAUAGCAUAA